AGGUCUUCGACGCCGACGGGAGUUCGAGUCCAGCGGAUCGGUGAACCAUCAAACUUUCAACAAAACCAUUUUUGUUACUCCUUUUCUUAGUGAUAUUCUUGUUUUAAUCUUAUUUUCACGGGUGUACAGAGACGGCAUUACGAUAUACGGCCUGAGAUCUAUGCGCCGUACUACCAGACGCGUCAGCACUCCACGAUCCCAUUCGGCCCCCUUUUUCGUCGUAGGCGUUUUUGGAUAUAGCAACACCAACGCGAAGCGCGACGAUAUAUAGCCUUUGCGACCACAUAUAUACGGUCGCGUCCUAAUCAUACAUAUCUCGAUCCGUCUACCACACGCCUUUCACCUAUAACACGCCGACACAAUGUGGUGGUGGCUUACGGCCCUCUCGGGCAGCAUCACUCCCCUCUUCCUCGUCCUCUCGCCCAUCCUCUCCUAUGGCGACCAAGUGCACUCCAUGCACAAGGCCAAGUCCAGCGCCGGCUUCUCUUUGGACAUUCCCUUGAUCAUGCUUGUUGCCUCUUUGCUCAGGAUAUUCUACUAUCCCGGAGCCAAGUAUGACACCGCCCUGUUCAUCCAGUCCCUCAUCAUGGUCGGAGUCCAAGUCGUGCUCCUCAAGGUCGCGCUGGACCACCGCCCUGUCCCAUCCUCCAGGGGAGGUGACGCCGCUGUUCCCUUCGCGAAGGCGCAAGACGAGGAGUACCAGCGUCCAUACAACUUCUGGCAGUGGAAGUCGCCCAAGCCAUACUGGCAAUUCGUCUUCUACCUCUUCGCCGGCCUCGUCGCCUGCCAGAUCCUUCUCUCGCCCUUCGAGUCCCUCUACAUGUCCUACUCCUCCCUCAUCGGCUACAUCGGUCUCUCCAUCGAAGCGACCCUUCCCAUCCCCCAGAUCCUCGUCAACCACAAGUCUCGCUCGUCCAAAGGUCUCCGCGUGUCGGUAUUGGCCAUGUGGUUGGCCGGGGACGCCAUGAAGAUGUUCUGGUUCUUCACUUCGUCCAGCGAGAUCCCCUGGUCUUUCAAGGGCUGCGGUAUCUUCCAGGCCUGCUGCGACUCCUACCUUGGCGUCCAGUAUCUGAUGUAUGGAAGCGGCGAGGGGGUCUCGGGCGCUUUUAAGGAUUACCCGCUCGAGAACUACCCCGUGCCUGGGAGCCACAGCGUGGUUACUGGCCGUGAAGGUGUUGCGGCGAGGCGGACGUCGAACGCUGAUAAGAGGAUAUUAUAGAGGGUAGAAAGAGGAUUGUUUAGAGUAUUAAUAAUGUAGAAUUGCUGCUUCUGGUCAGCAUCGGCUUGGAGA